AUGAGCAGCUGGAGUGAGACAAUCAACACAGGUGAAGGGAAUCGGGAUAACGAGCACAUGACAUCACAGGCCAAUGGCACUGAUAUCAUCUAUGAGAACUUUAUUCUGAGUGGACGUCAGUCAUCUGGAGACGUCAUCAGCAGAGAGAGAAAUCUGCAGAUAUCUUUCAGCUGUGCUUACCCCCAAAUCCAAACACUUUCUAUGAUUGAAAUCAACCCACUGGAGAGUGUUGUGUACAAGACCCUUCCUGCUGGUCAUGGGAUGUAUCAGGUCCGAAUGAUCCCAUAUCAUGAUGUUGGGUUCUCUCAGCCCUUCAAUGGUAGUGUGGAUGCAGAACUCAACCAGGAGAUUUUUGUUGAGGUUCGUGUUGAUGGGGUUGACAGUCGACAGUUGGUUACAGUGAUUGACACAUGUUGGGCUACACCUGUUAAUGAUCCAGAUUACAGUCUGCGCUGGGAUCUCAUCACUGGAGAGUGUCCAAAUCCACAAGAUAACACAGUGAAGAUUCUUCAGAAUGGUGUCUCAACAUCCAGCCGUUUCUCCUUCAGGAUGUUCGUCUUCAACUCAGACUCCACUAAAGUUUACCUGCACUGUGCUGUUCAUCUUUGUCUGGCAAACAAUAACUGCACAACUUCCUGUGUCUCUGGAUAUCAGCGGAGGGCCCGCAGGUCUCUGGAUUUCCAUGACAGUUCCUCCAUAUCCAUGGGUCCUCUGAUCGGGUCUGAUGGAGAAACAGAUAUCUCAAAUCGAAUAAGGAUGCCUGGCGCUUAGUGUCUGUGUCGUUCUCUGAUGGUGUUGUUUGUUUCUCUCAUGAGUUUUUUCACCUUCCUUCAGUAGAUUUCUAGAAAACAUAAACAACAUUAACAUAUUGUACAAAGUUUCCUA